CGUCAGCCUUGCAAAACAGGCAGCAGACGGCUCGUUCACUAUUCACGGCCCAAGCAUCUUGGGGUACACAGCCGAACUGUUCCAAAGUCAGACUUCAGGUUUACAAUGCCGAACAAGCUUCAGGAUCUUCACACUGUCGAUGACGUCAACUUUCCGUACGUCUUUGAGCAGAAUGCUACGGUACCGUUGAAAUCCAGCGGAGUGGUGCGCUGCAAUGUGUACCGGCCCAAGACAGCUGACCCCGUGCCGGUGCUGGUCACGUACGGCCCAUACGGCAAGGACAUACACUACAAGGACUUCACCCCCAAGUACUCUGAAGUGAACCCGCGGCACCGGUCUGCCCACUCAGCCUGGGAGACGCCGGACCCCGGCUACUGGGCCGAGCAUGGCUAUGCCGUGGUUCGCGCAGAUGAGCUGGGCUUGGGCCAAUCUCCUGGCCUUCUGGACACGAUGUCCCGAGGCACCGCGGAUGCCUUUGUCGAUGUUGUCGAAUGGGCCGCUGAGCAGCCGUGGUCGUCUGGCAAGGUUGGCUUGCUGGGCAUCAGCUACUAUGCCGGGAGCCAAUGGCGUGUAGCUGCUCGCAAGCCCAAAGGCCUCGCCGCCAUUAUCCCGUGGGAGGGCAUGUCGGAUUACUACCGGGACCGAUGCCGCCACGGCGGGAUCCUGUCCAACGCCUUCAUUAGGUUCUGGUGGAACAGGCAGGUCAUCACCAAUCAGUAUGGCCAGCCGGGCCGUGCAGCCUCAAACUGGGGUCCCGACACGAUUGAGGGUGAUCUCUCGGCAGAGGAACUGGCUGCGAACCGCCGCGACCAGACCAUCGACAACAAGGUCCACCGCUUCCGCGAUGAGCCCUAUUAUGCCUCGAAAGAAUACGACAUGGGCGACAUUGAGGUCCCGCUGCUUUCGGUCGGCAACUGGGGCGGCAUCCUGCUGCAUCUCAGGGGCAACAUCGAGGGCUACACGCACUCCGGGUCCAGGUUCAAGUACCUGCGCAUGAUCACGGGCCGCCACGACCUGCCCUUCUACUACGACGAAGAAGUCGAAGUGCAGCGCAGCUUCCUCGACGCCUUCCUCAAAGGCGAAGACCGCGUCGGCUGGUCCCAGCCGGGCAAAGUCCCGCCCGUCAGCCUGGUUCUCCGCAAAGGCAACGUCGGCUUCAACAACGCCGAGGCCGAAAAGGCCUACCAACGCCGCGAGGAAAGCGAAUGGCCGCUCGCCCGCACGCGGUACACGCGCUUCUACCUCGCCCCAGACCUGACCCUCCAACCACCCAACGCCAACCUCCCAGUCCCUGACCGCAAGAAACUCACCUACCGUGCCCUCGGCACCAUGACCGAUCCCCAGCUCAUCCAAUUCACCACCCCGCCCUUUGCCGCCGACACCGAAAUCACAGGCCACAUCGUCGCCCGCCUGUGCGUCUCCAUGUCGCCGGACCCGGCCUCGGCCACCGUUCCCUCCGACAUCGACCUCUUCCUCACCCUGCGCUACCUCGGCCCGGACGGCAAGGAGGUCUUCUACACGGGCACGGCGGGCGACCCGGUCCCGCUGACAAAGGGCUGGCUGCGGACCUCGUUGCGCAAGGUCAACAGGGAGCAUCCCAAGCACAGGGAGUGGCUGCCGCAUCGGGAUUAUUUCAGCACGGAUGUGCUGCCUGUUAUCCCCGGAGAGGUGUAUGCUGUGGAUGUGGAGGUGUGGCCGACGAAUGUGGUCGUCGAGAAGGGCGGAAGGGUGGUGUUGGAGGUGGCGUCGGGGGAUACGCAGGGGAGUGGGAUCUUCUUGCAUGAUGAUCCCGUGGAUAGGGCGCCUGAGGUGUUUCGGGGGUUUAAUCACCUGCACCUUGGGCCGCAGUUUGAGAAUUAUGUUACGCUGCCGAUUAUUCCGCCUAAAGGGGAGUGAGGGAGGGGAUGAGAGGCAGAGUUGAGUGGUUGGAAGGAAGCUGAGGUUCAGCUUUGAUAGUUGAAUAGACGGUUGUGUUGCUUACCAACGUCGAUAGUUCCUCAUAUUCAUGC